UUCCCCACUGUGACCAUCGCUCGCGGCAGGAUCGUGGGGGAAGGCACACUAGGGGCCCCGCCCGUGCGCUCCCUCCCAUCCCUCUCUGCCGGGUCUGGAGCACUGCGAGAUUUGCCUUAUUCCCUGGUGGCUGGGGUGAAGCCAGGCCGCCUACCCCCCGCCCCGCCCUCUGUCCUGUCGCAGCCCGGCUGCCGCGCCUGGGGUGCAGGCUCUCGCCUUCCCGCCAGACGCCACCAGCGCGGCAGGUGUGGCCCAGAGGCAGCGCGCGGCAGACACGAACCUGUGGAUCCAAGUAGCACCUGUUGCAGCUGGGAAGUCAUUGCAGGAUCUUGGUCCAGUGUUUGGCAACAGUUUGAUCUGAAGAUGGCAGUUUGGGUGAUUUGGAGCAGCCUCAGCCUGCUGCGAGUGCUAUGGUGUCUUCUUCCACAGACGGGCUACGUGCAUCCAGAUGAGUUCUUCCAGUCACCAGAAGUCAUGGCAGAGGACAUCCUGGGCGUGCAGGCUUCACGGCCCUGGGAGUUUUACCCCAGCAGCUCCUGCCGCACGGUGGUCUUCCCACUGCUGACCUCUGGCUCUGCCUUCUGGUUGCUCAGGCUCUGGGAAGAGUUGGGACUGUGGCCUGGCCUGAUGAGUGGCUAUGUGCUGCUGGUAGGGCCCCGACUCCUCCUCACCACCCUCUCCUUUGCCCUGGAUGGGGCUGUGUACCACCUGGCCCCGCAGUGGGGGGCAGAUCGCUGGAACGCCCUGGCCCUGCUGUCUGGUUCCUACGUCACCCUGGUUUUCUACACAAGGACCUUCUCCAACACCAUCGAGGGACUGCUCUUCACAUGGCUGCUGGUGCUGGUGUCCCCUCAUGUGGCAUGGAGCCCCACACCCAAGAAGCCUACCUCAUGUCCAUGGUGGUACAACUGGCUUCUUGGGGCCAUCGUGGCUGCUGGCUUCUUCAACCGGCCCACCUUUCUGGCCUUUGCUCUGAUCCCCCUCUUCGUCUGGGGCAUUCGUGGAGUCAAGGACCCUGGCUUCAAGUCCCUGAUCUGGGAAGCUCUGGUGCUCCUCCCUGGGGCAGCACUCACUACAGUAGUAUUUGUGGCCAUGGACAGCUGGUACUAUUCCAGCAUCUCAAGAUCCAGUAGCCUUGUCCUUACACCUGUCAACUUUUUACAGUACAACCUGGAUCCCCAAAACCUUGCAAGGCACGGCACACAUGUGCGACUCACUCACCUAGUAGUCAAUGGCUUCCUGCUCUUUGGGGUGCUACAUGCCCAGGCACUACAGGCUGCUUGGCAACAGUUGCAAGUCAGCCUCCAGGCAUUUGCACAAAUGGGCCUCCAGAGGGCCCUACGGGCCCAGAGCCUGCUGUCCAGUCCCAGAUCUUACCUCCUUCUCCUCUACUUCACGCCCCUGGCCCUGCUGUCUGCUUUUAGCCACCAGGAGGCUCGAUUCCUGAUUCCCCUCCUGGUCCCCCUAGUCUUGCUUUGUAGUCCACAAACCCAACCUGUGCCUUGGAAGGGGACCCUGGUCCUCUUUAAUGCUCUAGGUGCCCUCUUCUUUGGCUGCCUGCAUCAGGGAGGCCUGGUACCUGGCUUAAAAUACCUGGAGCAGGUGGUCCAUGCACCUGUGCUCCCAGGCACGCCGACCCACUACACACUCCUUUUUACUCAUACCUACAUGCCCCCCCAGCACCUCCUCCACCUCCCAGGCCUGGAGUCAUCUGUAGAGGUGGUGGACAUGGGUGGAAAUGAGGACUGGGUACUUUGCCAAACACUUUACAACCUUACCAGACAAAAAGCUUGCCAGGUGGCUGGUGGGCCAUGGCUCUGCCGCCUCUUUGUGGUGACCCCUGGGACAACCAGGCAUACUGUGGAGAAAUGCAGCUUUCCCCUCAAGAAUGAGACACUCAUGUUUCCCCACCUGACCCUGGAGGACCCACCAGUCCUGUCCUCUCUGCUGAGUGGGGCUUGGAGGGACCACCUUAGUCUUCACAUCAUGGAACUGGAGCAGCCACUGCCCAAGAUUCAGCUAUAGAAUCUAUGCUACUCCACCUUGUAUGAAGGCAGCUGGGCUGUGACAUUGCCAUAGGGCCCUGGGCCUCCUUCAGGAUCCCCACUGCUGCCUCUUCUGGGCACAGCCAUUGGUUGUUCUGCCCUCUGGGUAAGCCCAUUCCCUUUUCCUUCAGACACCAAAGAUCUGACCAGUCAUGGUUCUGCUGCCAAGGUCCCAAUAAUCCUGGUAUAAUCAAUGGCACCUAAUGUCUGUUCCUGCCCUAUGCCUUCCAGCCACUGUAAUGUUUUUUUCUUUUUUUUUUUUUAAAGAGAGAGUGAGAGAGGGGGGAGAGAGAGAGAAUUU